UCAAGCUAAUCGAAAUUCAUUCGAAGAGAUUUUCUACUGCGACAAAGCUAAUAUUUUUCAUUCAGCAAGGAGACAAUCGAUAUUGUCGUGCGCGCGUGAAGGCUCUCGCAUUGGUGUUGAUCGAAUUGAUUCUUCUGUAGACAACAGGCGGCGAGAGGGGUGAUUCUCAAUAGCAGCGAUGAGUUUGCCGGGGGACAGCGGUAAUGCCAGGCAACAAAUGCUUUCUGCGCCCACGUCGGACAAGAUUAACCAGUCGGAGGGGCACUCCUCGCCAAUUGGAAUUAAUGCACUCUCCCCUUCAUCAGACGUAGUGUUCAAGGCAGAAUCUCAGCAGAAGUCGUUUAGUCCCAUUGGUUUGCCGGUAUCGGCCGCGCGCGGUGCAUCGGCGUUGUCCGAGCAACCGAGCGGUUCGCCGGUGGGAGGUGGAUUGGUGAACUUCACGUGGCAGGCGGUGAAUUUGUCGUCCCCGCCAUACGUGCCUGGAAACCCGCAGUUGGUUCCUAUGCAGUUUCCUCUGAAUUUCGACGCUCAGGAGGUGAUGUCUUCUGCGGAGGAGCUUGCAGGCGGCUACGCCGCGAAGGAUGGGGUGAACGACCUGGCGCCGCCCCUGUUUCAGUUGAACGACGACUACGACGAUGUGUUGGGGGUUGAUCGUUUUUCUUCGGCGCUGCCGGCCUACGACGCGGCCGUGACGAGUCAGGUCAACCGUUCGCUGCAGAUGAUGGAGUUGAACCCGGGCUUGCAGGCGUCGUCGCAAGCGGGGGUGGACACGGGGAAUCCGUCGUUCGCGCACGGCGUGGGGUACGCGUCGUCGAGUUUCAACCCUGGAUGGGCGGCGUCGAGACAGCAGGCGUCGUCGUCGGUGAUGCCGAUGAAGGCGGCGGAGGGUCGGUGUUCGUUGAAUGAGAACAUUUGGGGGAUGGACAAGUCGUUGCUGGACAUAGAGGCGCCGGAGGAGUGGCUAGACCAGUUUGACGCGGAGUCGACGAAGGGGGCGCUGGGAGGUGGAGUGGGGGGUGCGGCGAUGGCGGAGGCGUCGUUGAGGAUGUUGCUGUCGCAGCACGCGGGUGGUCCGGUGAGGAGCAUGACGAUACUGGAGAAUUCGAUGUUGAUUGGGUUUUUCGAUUUGAGGCACGCGCAGAGGGUGAUGGCGAGUUUGAACGGGAAGUCGGUCAAGAAUGGUUGUCCGUUGGAGUUUCAGUAUCAUUUUUUGAGGGACGUGAAUUUGGUGGGGAAGGAGAACAACCAGGGGACGUUGGUGGUGUUCAACUUGAGUCCGUCGGUGUCGAACGCGGAGUUGUGCCAGUUGUUUGGGAAGUACGGAGAGAUAAAGGAGAUUCGGGAGUCGCCGAACCGGAAGCACAAGUUCGUGGAGUUUUACGACGUGAGGUGCGCCGAGAAGGCGAUGAAGGCGCUGAACAAGAUGGAUUUGAGGGGGAGGAAGAUCAAGAUAGAGCCGUCGAGGCCGGGUGGGUCGAGUCGGUUGGACAGGGAGAAGAAGGGUGCUGGGGGGGCGUUGGCGCCCGAGUCGGCGGUGGGGGGGACGGGAGAGGUGGGGGGGACGGGGAGGGUGAGGUCGUACGAGUCGCAGAAUGGUUACGUGGCGUCUGGGUUGCCGCAGCAGGAGGUGGGUGGGGGUGAUUUGGCGCGGCCAACGGUCGACUGCUGCCGCCAUACACAGAGAGUUUGUCGUCUUCCUUGGAGGAGGGGUUGGCUCGGAAGUCGGGCGCUCACGGCGAGCCUCACCAGGCGACGUCGUCUCACCAGGUGCCUCACCAGGUGCCUCACCAGAUGGCAUCGUCCCAUCAGAUGGUGCCCCACCAGGCGCCCCACCAGGCGCCCCACCAGGUACCCCACCAGGUACCCCACCAGGUACCCCCACCAGGUGCCCCACCAGGUACCUCACCAGGUGCCCCACCAGGUGCCCCACCAGGUGCCCCACCAGGUGCCCCACCAGGUGCCUCAUGGCGGGAGCGCCGACGGGGGCGGUCCGAGUAGACUCGAGCCCUCCGGGGGUCACGGCGGCGGCUCGUCUGGAAGAGAGAUCGAUCCCGCGUCGACGGGCCGCGUGGCGGAAUCGCCGCGUCAGAAGCGCCUCGACAAAGAUUCGCCUUUCGACUCCGCGGACGUCAAGAAGGCCGCCAACCGAGAGUGCGCCGAGGACGACAACCACGGCGGAGAUCGUCCGCCGCACCGAGACCCGCUUAGUGGAGGAGGAGAAGCGUCCGACGCGGCCGGACAUUACAGGUCGAGGACGGCGGCGGAUUCUGGAAACGGCCACCACGCUAGUGUCGUCGGCGCGAGUUGCGCGAGUCGUCCUUCGAGCUUUCACGGCGGAGUCUCCGACUCAAGUUCUUCCUCGGCGACCGGCUGCAAUCACGCGUUCCCCUCCUCGCUGAAGUCCUGCUCUCGACACCUCGUCUCGUCCGAAGAGUCCCCCUCCUCUAGCGGCGGCGCCUCUUCGUCCGCGAACUGCUCUUCGUCCGCGGCGGCUCUCCCCGCCCCGAUCGGCGAGCCUAACGGCCCGAACGGCGCGCCUUGUUCUCACUCCGGCAACGGCGGCGGCCACUCGGACCUAAACAAAUACGACAUCGUCAUCGACCAUGUGCAGUCUGGGCGAGACGUGCGCACGACGUUGAUGAUCAAGAACAUCCCGAACAAAUACGACCAAGACAUGUUGCUGCUGGCGGUCAACAAAAACCACAUUGACUUGUAUGAUUUUUUUUAUUUGCCCAUUGACUUUAAGAACAACUGCAAUGUCGGCUACGCAUUCAUCAACUUCAUCGAUCCCUGCAGCAUCCCGAAAUUUUACGAGGAGUUCAACAACAAGAGGUGGGAGAAGUUCAACUCCGAGAAGGUCUGCAAGAUCAACUACGCUCGGAUUCAGGGCAAGGUCUCGAUGAUCGACCACUUUAAGAACUCGUCGAUCAUGUACGAAGAUCCCAAGUGUCGGCCGCUCAUUUUCCACAGCGACGGCAACUUGGUGGGCAAGCCGGAGCCGUUUCCCAUAGGCAUAAACGUGCGUCCGAGGAGUCAGAAGGACAGCGACGCGGCGAACUUGAGCGUCGCCGGCUUGAGCGUUGGCGGAGCGUCGACGAACGGCGGAAGAUUUUAUAAACCGAAAAAAUAAAUGGUGUGUGUGUAGA